CAAGUACACAAAGACACUCCGAGGAACUAUUGCAAACUUGUUCAACAUAGCAAGUCAAGAAAACCACCAACAACUUGACAAGAUGCCUUUAAACGGUACUUUAAAGCCAAGCACGCUUUAUAUAGCAUUGGAUUCACGUCCACUCAAUGAUGAAUACCAUUGGGCCCUCGUAACAACGGAUGCUUCACGUCACUCCACGCUACGACACGCCUCCAAUUUGAGCGGAACAUGGAAGCACGAAGAAAAGGACUUUCGCCCUGACGAGCGAAUGAUGCUCAUCGCUCUAGUGAAGGUCGCGAAUAUAUGUGACGCGGAAAAAAUGGUUGAGGCAACACGUAGCGUGCCAGUCGAUGGACUCCCUUCGCGUCGGACAGGAAGAGAUUUUAACUGCCUGACUUGGCUUUUAGACGCAAUUGUGGCCCUUGACGACCAAGCCAUAAUUUCGCUUCCUUGUGAUAUCGAUACGUUGGAGGAAAUUGCUAGGAACUGCGCUGCUCGCUAUGCUGAGGCCGCCGAGACAGGACGUGGUGCAACUGUUGUUGAUGAUCCCUUGCUUGACAAACUGCCUUCCAGUGCCGACUAAGGGAGGCGUUAGGUGUGGGCUUAAACAUCCGUUAACCCCAUAUAGCAUGUUAUGCAUUAAGAGUAGAGAAAUACUCCAAGGCGCUUGUAAUAUACCCUCUAGACGCUUGCAAGUAUAUUGAGGACGAGAUAGCUAUAUUUUUGGCGGCUCAAUAUCUAAGAGAUGUUGUAAUGUGCUCUCUCGUUUCUGUCACCGGAGACCAUACUAACUCAGUAUUUGCUGUUAUUUAAGGACAUGUCACCCGCUUCUUCAGUUUGAUGAUAUAUAGAUAUUGUUUGGAAUUAAAAUUAGCUGCUGUUAAGCAUCGCUAGCUAUCAGAAUUACCAUUACGAC